GACAUUUUAGUGCCUUAUUGUAAUUUUGAUAUCAUUGGGUUGUGAACCAUUCACAAUAUUUAAAAAGAUAUCAUCGAAUUUUCUUAAAAUAUUGAACUCCGUCUUUUUGACAUUUAAUCUGUAUCACGACGCGCUUAUAAAGUUAUUAUAGGAUUACCAAUCAUUAUAUUCUUAUGAUACAAUGUCAUGUCAUACUGUAAUGCACCUGCAGAUCAAAAUAUGUCAUUAAAAAUAAGUUUUCGAGACAAUAAAAUUGGUUUACCUCCCUCCAAAGUCUUUCAAAAAUUCUGCUUAAUACUAUCAUCUAUGAUGAUGUUCAGACAAUAAGACUUAACUUAAGAGAAUGGAAGAAGUAUGAUUAUUUUUUUCAUUUUCCAAAAUAGUAAUAAUUCUUUGCCUUUGAUCUUUUACCUAGCAAAACCUAAAGAUGCGCGUGCGCCCUCUGACGUCAUUUCCCCAUGUGCUACAUUUUGAUCUUUAAGGAUGUCUUGAAUGUAGGGGAUAAGUUUAGCAAGAAUGGCUGAUGAUACAAGAGAUGAGAAAGUACAGGAACCUGCUUCUGUUGCUGCAACUAAGCCUGCUAGCACCGGAAAGAAGGUAACUCGCAGCAAGACAAAGCCUCUAUACUUCUGGACUAGCGCUGAUGUAAACAAGUGGCUGAAGAAGCAUGGCGGCCACUGCCAUGAGCUGUACGGACAGCUCUUCCUAGAGCAGGAGGUCACAGGGAGAUCCCUGAUCAGGCUCACAGAGUACAAGUUGGAGAAGAUUGGUAUUUUGAAUCUUCAACACAGACAGGAGUUGAUGCAUUACGUCUUAAAGCUGCGGUUGAAACAUGAGGGCACAGAUCUGAAAAAUCUAGACCAACGAGGGUCAGGAUUUGAGCUUCCCGUACCAGACAUAAAACGCCAGUCUGUGAAGAAGAAAGACGAUAAAAGAUAAGACAUGCUUUCAUACUAGUGUAUUGUACAGCUGGCAUACUACAGUCUCGCCAACAUCAAACCUUGUGUGUGACACCCAGCAACACUGUGAUUGUAACACUUUUACAUAAAACUCUGGCUUUGCAUGUCCAGUAAUAUUUAAAUUUAACUGUUUCCGAAAAUCACCAGUCCAGCCUACAUGACAUUAUACAUGUUAUGUUAUUGCAACACUAAGAAGCAUUUAAGUGAUACAUUUCUUUACAUCAAAAAACCAUUGAAUGUUUAUUUUAUAUCCUUAUUUCCACCUGUGCAAGCGCCAUUGAAUCAUUGUACAUUUCAGUACAACUCACCUAAUGCUUUGAGGAAUUCAUAAUGUUCAUAAAAAGCUGAUGAUAUAUUCCUGCGCAAUUGUUUUCUUUAUUUGUUUAAAAUAAUGAUUGUAUUUUCUACGUGGGCUGAUAAUAGUUUGUUACAAGAUACAUACCGUAUUAAAAUGAAUGGGGACCAAGCAGUGUAUGCACUAUUCUCUAUCUUUUGAAUCAUUUUAUUGUUAUUUGAAACUAGAUAAGUAAAAUAAACACUCUUGUUAUAAAGGCUUUAUAUAGUGUAGCAAUGGUAAUAUUCAUUCUUUAAUAUAUUGUCAUAUUUUCAGACCAAUUAAGUGUGAUGUUGUUUUAACCUAUAUUAAUACUUUUAUAAUUGAAAUUGACAGUUAUCAAAACACUAUAUAUAGAUAUACUUGUAGUAUAUGAAUAUUAAAAGCCUUCAUUUACUGCACACAUGUAUCAAUGCUAUUAUUAUGUACACUACUGAAGUGUGUCUCUAUGGCAACCAUGGUCAUGGGUUUAACAACAAACUGUAGUAAAAUACUUUAAUGCUGACAUGUCUUAGAUUCAAUACAUUGUUGCAAUUAUGAAAUCAAUAAAAUCAUCAGUUGAGCGCAAAGAGGGUACAUGAAAUGUUUUAAAUAAUUGUCUAGUUAUAGCCUUAAAUGUGGUAAAAUCAUUUACUUUGGAUUUCAAACUUAUGAAAAAGUCAAGUUGUAAAAAAAUUCUAUAGUUUUCGUGAAUGCUGGUUCAAAAAAAUAAUUGUUAGAGCCAUUGAUUUGAAUUAAAUGAAAACAUGCUCUAGAGAGAUGAAAGAUAAAUACAAAAAAGUCUUUAUUGUUGAAUGUGCAAUUGAAUUGAGUAUGCAUUUUAAUAAAACUAUUUUUUUAAUUGGAUAUACACCCAUUAUAUGGUUAUCAUAAAAAAAUCUUGGAAUUCAAUAAAGUUAGAAGUGUUUACUUAUUACAAGCCGUAGCAACAGACAACUAUCAUGUUUACAAAAGUGUAUUUUUUUGUUGUAUGGUUCAAGUCUUUGAAAUUGCAUACAUAAUGUAGAGAGAGAUUCUUUAUUUCCUCCAAUAUGAAGAGACGUGACAAAUUAUAACCAGAAUUUGUCACAAAGAAACAUAUAGGACAAAAUGUUACAUGCAAUUUAUACAACAAAUGAUGGACAAUCUUUCUGAAAACAAAACAUUUUAGUUCUAAUGUCUAGCUGUAAUGGAUUGAAUACCUUCUCUAAACGGAAAUUACCUUGACAUAUCAGAGGUAUUUAGUGCAUGAAGACUGAAGUAGAUGAUUAGAUGUAAAACUAGUAAUUAUAAUAAACAUUUUUCUUGAGUUUUGCUUGGUUAAAAUGUAGUUGUUGGAAAAUUCAGGUAUUCUGUAGGAACAAGACUAUUUUGAUACAGAAGGAAAUAUAACUGUAGAAGAUGCGCAUGUUGCAUCGUGGCAUUUAGCUUCCAUACGCGUAUUAGCUGUUUCAGCAGCAUUUUUAUUGUGCAAUACAUACUACAUUUGUAUAUUCUUAUUUAAUAAAAUAUAACUAUAAAUUUAUAUGUUUGCAUCAUUUUUAUCUCAUGUGAUAAUGUUUUUAAGAAAAAGUUGAGGGAAAAUGUGAUAGUCAUUGUUUUGUUUUGUUUUUAUUGACAUCAGUAUCAGUGUGCAAAAUUGACCACAACUCCAAAAUUGUUCGAGAUAAUUAAAUGAAACUUGACACUCAUCGAGACAAUAUGCAUAUGUUAAGCAAAUCCAAACUAGGGCUUUUUUCAAGUAAUGCUCUAUGUUCGACUGCACACAAGAAUAAGUGUUCACUCCUGGAUGGUCUUGUAUAUAUCAAAUGUGUACAUGUGUAUAUGCUAAUAAAGAAUGAGUGUUCAAUAUAAUUACCAUUAUGUUAUUUGUGAUUGACACUUAUUUACUUAAUUAAAGUUCAGUUAUUAUUGAAUUUUUAUUAUUGUUCAAAAUGCAAUAUUCUAUUUGAGUUAAAAUUUCAAAUGUGGAAUUUUCAUUGAACUUAUUCACUAUUUGGUGUAAAAGUCACGGCUUUUUUCAGCUGAAAAAGCAAAUUUUAGAAAUAAAAUCAUUAUUAUGUUUUUCUUAAAAAUCACACAAGGUACAUAGACACCCUCUAUUGAAGACAAGUGUAUUGUAUAUUGGAAAAGUUUUCAUCUAUUUGGAAUAAAUCUGCAUUUUCCCUAAGUGCUUAAGUUUUCAAUUCCGAAGACCCAGACUGUGGAAAAAUAAUUGCAUAAUAAAGGUUCCAUAGCAUUGGUUUUGCAGGGCUGAAUAUUGUUGAAUGUCUUGAUUACGUAUUGAAAUAUUUUACAUUCAGCUGACAGGUGCACAUGUUGUGAACAUUAUAUAUCUUGUUGUGAGCAUUGUUGGUGUACAUUUAACUACAAUUAUUUUUAUAUAUUAAAAUGUAUUAUAUGUGCACAAUGUAUUAAAAUAAAUAUAACAGCUUG